GCAUGUCCAGAUGCAAACCGGCCCAGGACACCGCUAUAUAUUCACUAUUCGUAAUCAUCCGUCGAUGAAGAGUAAAGAAAUCGCCUUCGCAAUUGCUCAGCGAAAAUGGGCUGUCCUCAGUCUAGACCAGGAAGUAAUGGUGGCACCGUUUACGUUUAAGAGCAACCAAUACAUCGGAGCCAUAACCCUCUCUGCAGACUUCCAACUAAAGAAAAAUGCCACUUCUGAUCCGUUGAAUUCUGAUUUCAUGGCACGUGAAUUUUCCAUGCAAUUUGGUGGUAUGGCAUUCACUAGAGGAGAAUGCAUUGAUCUGAACACUGCUGCUGCCGGUGAUGAAAAAUCGAAACCUUUCCCAAUCGAUUGUGGCCAACUCUUGCCUAAUUCUGCCAUAAUCUUCGACAAGGAGGAAGGAUCAACGAUCAAUCUUGUUGGGAAAAGCAAGGGGAAAUCUGCCUUUCGUUCUAUAAUCAACCCAGACUGGGAUUUCCAAAAGAUGGGAAUUGGUGGUUUGGACAAGGAGUUUUCUGGCAUUUUCCGGCGAGCUUUUGCUUCCAGAGUGUUCCCACCCGAGUUUAUUGAGCAGCUCGGUAUGAAGCAUGUGCGAGGAAUCCUGUUAUUCGGUCCUCCUGGAACUGGUAAAACAUUGAUGGCACGGCAAAUAGGUAAAAUGCUUAAUGCACGAGAGCCUAAAAUUGUUAACGGUCCACAGAUUUUGGACAAGUACGUCGGCGAAUCGGAAUCAAAUGUCCGGAAGCUGUUUGCUGAUGCCGAGGAGGAGUGGAGGAGGUGUGGCUCGAAUUCAGGCCUGCACAUCAUCAUAUUUGAUGAAAUCGACGCCAUUUGCAAGCAGAGAGGUUCUAUGGCUGGGUCAUCGUCUGUGCAUGAUACCGUCGUUAACCAGCUACUCUCGAAGAUGGAUGGUGUGGAGCAGUUGAACAAUAUCCUUGUCAUUGGUAUGACCAACAGAAAAGACAUGAUCGACGAGGCCCUGCUUCGACCCGGUCGCCUUGAAGUCCAAAUGGAAGUCAGUUUACCGGACGAGUUCGGUCGCCUACAGAUCCUGAGAAUUCACACUUCUCGAAUGCGUGAGUACAAGAAGCUGGAUCCAGAAGUGAAUCUGGAAGAGCUGGCUAAGCGCACGAAGAAUUUCUCUGGUGCUGAGAUAGAAGGUCUCCUUGAUCCUGAUGCCAUAGAUAAGUUGAUGAUUAAUGCAGCCGAUUUCGACUACGCCCUGGAAAACGAUAUUAAACCGGCCUUUGGACGAAGUGAUGAGUCACUAGAGAAAUUCCUUCGUCGUGGUAUGGUUGUAUGGGGUAGUGAAGUGACGCGUAUACUCGAAGAAGGCGCUCGUCUUGUUGAAGAAACCGUAAAUCCAGACGCUGGUGGUUUUGUCACCGCCGUUUUAGCAGGUCCACCACGAUCUGGAAAGAGCUUCUUGGCUGCUGAAAUAGCUCGAGCUUCAGACUUCCCUCUUAUCAAGGUAGUAUCUCCUGGAGAUAUGGUAGGAUUUUCGGAAUCAGCAAAAUGUCAGUGUCUCCGAAAAGCGUUUGCUGAUGCGUUCCGUUCCAGAUUGAGUGUUCUGCUCAUAGAUAAUGUGGAAAGAUUGCUUGACUAUUCACCCGUUGGUCCUCGUUUCUCCAAUCUUGUUCUUCAAGCAUUGCUAGUUUUGUUGAACGAACCUCCUCCACA